UUCAAACAGUGAGCCCAGGUGUCCAGUGGAGGCUGACUCCCACUGACUGAUGAGCGAGGCCCUCAGAUAAAUUUGUUCGAUACCCAAUACCAACGCCAACCUCUUUCUUGUCCGCUCCGCCCUUGCGUCUUGUCUUGUCUGUCGUCGAUACUGCGCUUUAAUACCUCGAUAAGCGCAUAUUCAGAUCGGUACACUUGACGGAAAUUAGUCAAGACUGCAACAUGCGUGGGUAGUCUUCACACCGGCACCUCUUUUCCUUCUGCCCUGGCAUCAUUCCUUUGUGCAUAACCACCCAAGAGUCAGUCAAUUGACAUCGCAUCAACCAUGGGAGGGGUACUAUUACUUCUAGGCCUAUGCCUAGUCAUGGCGUUGGCGUCAUUCCUUGCCGGAGCGCUGCCCCUUUCAAUGUCGCUUUCGCAGUCACAACUUCGAUUACUCUCGAGUGUCGGUGUUGGAAUAUUGGUCGGGACCUCGCUUAUAGUCAUUAUCCCCGAAGGAAUCGAGGCUGCAACUGCGCCUGCGGAGGCUGCUCAUAUGCAUCGAGUUCGAAGCCUGGUGCGCCGAACCCCCUGGAGCCACGCCGUACUUACACGUGGACUCCCCGAUUCAAUUGUCACAAUAAGCACCGGCUCAAUCGAGAAACGAAAUGAAGAAUUGGACGCCGAAGCGCUUGUCCGUCGCAUUAUAAAUGCAGCAGCGGGGAAUGGCCGAGUCAAGCGCGCAGAUAUUGAGGCUGCUGUUGAAGCGGCAGGUGAGGAUGCUCCAGCCAUCCCAGGAGCCGGCGAUACCACAAAAGAUAGCACUACCGACAACAAGGGAUCCGAAAAGGUGGAAAGUGGAAAGGAAGGCCAACAGGGCCAUGGCGAAGACCACGAAGCGGAACAGGAGCAUGAACAGGAGCAUGAGAAAGAGGAAGACCCUGAGCACGAGCACGAGCACGAGCACGAACAUGCCGUUCCCACAUUUGAAAUCGGCUUCUCGUUGAUUCUAGGAUUUCUGCUAAUGUUCCUGAUCGAUCGCCUUCCGCGCCAUGCGACAGAGAGUCUUCACUCUACACCCCAGACCCGCCAUAUCAGCCUCGACAAUCUCAAUGGCGAUUCUGCCUCCGUUGACGAAGAGGCGGAUGGAUUCCUGGGAUCCCUGACACCCACACCGCGACGAGCGCGCAGCCUGGCAACGACCACUGGAUUGGUCAUCCACGCCGCCGCCGACGGAAUUGCAAUGGGUGCCUCGUCGACCACUUCAGAUAUGAAGCUUGGCUUCAUUAUCUUUGCGGCCAUUAUGAUUCACAAGGCUCCUGCUGCCUUUGGCCUAACUUCGCUUCUCCUCAAGCAAGGUCUAUCGAAGCGAGCUGCUCGAGGACAUCUUAUUGUAUUCAGCUUGGCCGCACCCUUUGGUGCAUUAACAACAUGGACAUUGAUCACUCUGCUGGGUGGUGGUAAGGUUGAGAGUGAUCAUUGGUGGACCGGCAUGCUACUCCUUUUCUCGGGUGGCACGUUUUUAUAUGUCGCUAUGCAUGCGAUGCAGGAGGAUACUACACCCCAUACACAUGACCACGGUAUCAACGGCUAUGCGGACAGUAGUACCACAGCACAGCGGAAACCAAAGGGACCGCAGAUGCGCGAUACAGUGGCCACUAUAGGUGGUAUGCUGGUGCCACUUCUUACGCAAUUUGGUCACCACCACUAAGUCGCAAGCACUUCAUUUGUCUUGUAUUCUCCUGCUGCGCAUGUUGAGAUUUUAGGACGGUAUGUGGUGGAAUAUAACAGCCAUAGACAGACUAUGGGAUGACAUGGCGCUUUUCAAGAUUUCUUUCUGUUUCGGGGCCGGCGAGCUCACUUUCGCUGCGUGGGAAGGGACCAGAAUAGACACCUGAGCGGUUUUCACGGCGGCAAAAGGCGGGAUGGCGGGAAUGGAUUUAUAGUGAUAGCAUGGGACAUGUACGGUUCCUUGGGUUGCAAUAGCCGCACAAAUAGUAUUUUUGAGAUAUGUUACGGGCGUUCUUGACUAUGGCUGCACAGUAUCACUAUCACAUCUCAAGGCCAAAUUCUUUAUACAGGGCUGUAUCCUUGUAUCACUUAAUCACUGCCAG